CGUCCCUGGUCCCACUCAACUCGGAAAGUCGCCCCGAUCAGGGAAUUCCGCAUGUCUCGAAAAUUUUCCCAUUCGGCAAGGCUGAAUUACAUAGUAGGGGCACAGCCUGCACCUGCCCACCAUUAUCCACGCCCUUGAAUACUACCCCGCAUCCGUGAUAAUUACACGACUUCUAGCGUGUGAGCUCCCGUUUACGACCGCGACUGCGAAUGCGACAUCGAUACCAUGGGCCAACCCACGAAGCCGAGAAUUUCGGUGCUGUGCAGUGGCAGUGGCACCAACUUGCAGGCCUUGAUAGAUGCCUGUCAAGAUGGACGCAUUCCGGGCGAGAUCGUCAAGGUCAGUGUUAAUAAGGCUGGGGUCAAAUCUCUGGAAAGGGCUGCAAAAGCCGGCAUUCCCACCGAUUACUUCAAUAUGAUCAAGCAUGGCUUUCGGGCCGCGGGCGAGAAAGACGAGCAGAAGAAGACCGAGGGGCGCCUGAAGUACGAUGCGGCUCUCGCCCAGAGAAUAUUGGCGGAUCGACCCGACCUGGUCGUGCUCGCAGGAUUCAUGCAUAUAUUGUCGACAGCCUUCCUCGAUCCGAUGGAACAGGCAGGUGUACCCAUCAUCAAUCUACACCCCGCUCUUCCAGGCAAGUACGACGGAGCUGGGGCGAUUGAACGAGCGUACGCCGACUUCGAAGCAGGCAAGCUGGAAAACAACACGACUGGUUGCAUGGUCCACUAUGUCAUUGCAGAGGUCGACAGAGGCGCGCCCAUCGUGAUACAAGAGAUCGUUCUCCAAGAAAAUGAACGUCUCGAAUCGCUGAUCGAACGAACGCACGAUGCCGAGCAUGGAUUGAUCGUGAAGGCAGCUGCGAAAUUGUGCGCUGAAAUCGCAGAGAAACGGGCAACGCAUAAAUAAGAGCAUGGAACGAACGAAAAAGAUGCCCCGAGUUCAUUUGAGUUAGAGGGCUCUAGAGUUAUGACUGACCCGCCUUGAAUAUCAUGCGGUGGCUCGAAUACCUGUUACGAGAUCUAAAGCUUACAGCGUGGAUUUCUGCUGGCAUGAUGC